CCUAUAGGUCUGUGUUCUGGCAUGCCGGAGAUGUAAGGGGGUGUGUGUGUCCUAGCAACGGACGUAGCCGCUGUCUCCUAUCUCCCUUUAUAGGAAGGAGGGAGGGAGGAGAGCAGGGGCCUGGGGUUUUGGGGAGGUGGUGAAGGGGGCCCUUAAUGCAAAGCCAAGCAUCUCUUCAUUUCGCUGUAAUCAGCUCGGCGCCUAGUUGCUUCAGCAUCAUCGCUAUAAACCUGGGUAUAUAGCAAACAAAAGAAUCCUGUCUCCUCCUUUGCCCUUUGGUUGCAUCUACUCGGCUGUUCGUGCUGCAAGCGGGCAGCGAAAACUUCAGGUGUCCAAAAGGAGAAGAGUAGGGGGAAAGGCAUUCUGUCUUAAGCAAGCCCACCAUAAGGAAUGAUGCUUGAAUCCAUUCGUGUUACUGAAAAACUUCACUGGCCACAGCGGGAGCUCUCCAAAAAGAGGCUCUUGACUCCCGAAGAACAUAAACUGAUUUUUCAGAAUGAAAGCCCUGUCCAGGACCUCUCCCAGUGCGGCAUCCUCAAGGACACAUUCACCACGGGGACGAGCAGCUACAACGUCCUCCUGCAGAGCAAAGAGGGGAAGAAGCACCCGCUGCAAAAGCGUCCCCCGGCGUAUCCUAAACGGCACCGAAAGGCCACGAAAUCCUCCGGUGUGCCAGGAAACAAUGAGCGCCGCAAGCUCAAGCCCCCCACGCCUUUCCUCCGUGGGUGGUGCUGCCUCAAUCGGCAGCCCUCCCUCUUUAUCACCAGCCUGGCGCCCCCCAGCAGCAAGCUGGCACACAGCAUUUCCGUGGCAGGGAGUGGCAUAGGGCCCGCCCCCAGGCCCAAGGUGAAACGGCGUUCUUUCUCCAGCCUGACCAAGCCGAAGCAGCUGCCGCCAUCUAAAAGUUACGUCAAGGAGGGCGACGCCGCGGGGCGAAAGCUCUGUAUCCUCACCGCCAUCAAGCCUUCCAACGUGGAGAGGGAGAAGAGCAAGUUCUUCAAGUCCGAUUAUAGCUACAAUCCACAGUUUGAGUAUGCAAAUCCUGCCAUGUCCAACGUGUUGGCGAAAUACAGCCAAGCGUCAGGCACAUUUCUGAAGCAGGCCAUCAAAAUUAUGGAGCUGACCUUGCAAAAAUAUGGAAGCUAUGAAAAUUUUGAGCUGGCUACAGGAGGCAGCCUGCUUCCCCGAAGUCGCAUCUGGAGCCAUGUCAGGAAAUACAUGAUGAAAGAAGGCUGCCUGGGAGAGAUCGUGGUUCACGUCACUGAAGACUUGCUUUCUCGAGCCUCGAUGACAGUCAUGAAUGGGCGUCCAACUCUGACGAUCAAUAUUGCUACUGCACGCGAGCAUUGGCUGGAAGGGAUGUUAAGGCACGAAAUAGGGACUCAUUAUCUUAGGGGCAUUAACAACAACAGUCAACCAUGGAGCAAUUGGACUGGUCGCAGAAAGCAUGGACUAAAACCCAUCAACCCCACGGAGGAAGGUUUGGCAAGCAUUCAUAGCGUUCUCUUCCGAAAGGACCCAUUUCUAUGGAGGGCAGCCCUUCUCUAUUACACUGUCUACCAAGCUAGCCGAAUGUCCUUUAGCGAGCUAUUUCAGGACAUUGGAAGGUUUGUCAAGGACCCCAAUACGAGGUGGGACUAUUGUGUUCGAGCCAAGAGAGGCUGGACGGAUACGUCCCAACCAGGCUGCUUCAGUAAAGAUCAAGUCUAUUUGGACGGCAUCCUUCGAAUCCUGAGAUACCGACAAUCCAUUGAUUUCUCCUUACUGACAGCCCUAGGAAAGAUUUCCUACGAAGACGUGGAACGCCUGAAGGAAUUUGCAGUACUUGAGAACAUGAGGGUGCCACACUUCUUGCAAGACCACACACGGUACAUGGAGCACUUGGAGAAGAUUAUGGAAGUCAACGAGCUGUCGGACAAGGAACUCCAGGCACUUGUUCCGUAGGGUGGCCAUAUUUUUGUGUGGUUUUUUUUGCUUCCCGUCUGCUUCAGAG